UUUUUCUCUUCCCGCGAGAUUUCCCAGAAGGCGAGAACAAGAAGAAGAAGCUGCCAUGCUAACGACUUGUUAGCUUUGUGUUCUGGCAGUUUCGCGUCCAGCUGGAUGGAGGAGACAACGUUAUUCUGUUAUUAAGGAAGGGUUUCCAGAGACUGGAGUCCUGCAGUCACCUCCCCAAUCAUCAUCCGCCUCAGGGUGGAGUUGAAGAUGUAGCCAAGAGUGCAGUGGGUCAUCUCUGCAGUACCUUACCAUUCCUGCCCAGGCAUAAUCAGUGACUUAUCACCUCCCCACCCUCUGCCACCCUAACAAAGUGGAGCACUUUGGCCCCUUACCAGGGUUGCCUAGUGCGUGACUCGGCCGUCCUCAGUCAGUCCGUCCCCUGGUUGAAGACCCUGCUGUCCUCAGCUAUGCUGUUCUCCCUGAGGGAACUGGUCCAGUGGCUGGGCUUUGCCACCUUUGAACUCUUCCUCCACCUGCUAGCUUUGCUUGUCUUCAGCAUGCUGGUUGCUCUGCGAGCUGACCUGUUCACCCCCUCGCUGAGCUGGUGGCUGGUGUUCGUCCCGCUGUUUGCUGCCGACGGCCUCAGCACCUACUUCACGGCCAUCGUGUCCAUCCGUCUUUACCAGGAGAAUGAGAAGCGCCUUGCAGUGCUGCGGCUCCUCUGGGUGCUGACGGUGCUCAGCCUGAAGCUGGUGUGCGAGGUGCUGCUGUGCCAGAAGCUGGCGGAGCAGGAGCAAGCCAGAGACCUGUGGUAUGGCCUCAUCGUCUCGCCGCUGUUCAUCCUGCUGCAGCUGCUGAUGAUACGAGCGUGCCGCGUCAACUGAGGAGAGGCAGCUAGUGUAGUUGUGUUUUCACAUCACAGACAACACAGGAACAGAGCGCAAUCUUCAUCUGCCAUUAGAGAUUUAAAGCAUAACAAUGGUGUGGUUUUUGUUUUGGCUCAUUGCUACCUUUUUUUUUUUUUUUUUACAGAAAAAAACCCAAAACAAUUUGCCAUACACAUGUUCCCAGGUCCAUAAUGGAGUGUGUAUACAUUUGUGUUUCUAAUAGCUUCACAAUGAACUGAAACUAUCACUGCUCGCUUAAGUUAUAAUGCAGUAUUUCAGUAUACUGAAAAGUAUUUCACUUUUGGCCGCGUAGUGUAAACAUACUUAAUGCUACCCAUUGCUAUAGUGAACCUUUAAUUGAUUCUGAGGACUGAAUGGAAGCAAAUUGUAACUAGAAAAUGAAUAAUAAUAAUAAUAAUAUUUUCUAAGCUCCCUUUUCAUCAGGGUGGAUUAUGGCUGUAAGUUUUUGAUACUUUUAGGAAUACAAAAAGUCAGGGCAGUAAAUGUGUAUUUGGGACAUGGUGUGCCUUUAUAUUGUGCAAUCAAUGGUAGACAAUGAGCCAUGAGGAAAAUGUAUACCAGUUAUGUUUUAAUACACAUGUGCACACAUCACAUGUAAAUUUAAUAAACAGGUGAAACCGAAAGGCUGUAAUGCCCCAGGCACCUUUUUUGGGCAACAGAGCUCAAGGAGUUGCUGCAGCUUUAUUGCUUUUUCCCUUAGAAGAAGAAGACAUUGCUUGCCAGCACAACUUGGUUAGGUUUAUUAUCAUGUGUCUCACUUUGUUGCCUGUUACAGGGAGUGUUGCUCACACAACCCCAACCCCCAAGUUGCCUAGCUUGUCAAUUCCAUCAGUGAGAAUGGUCUGAGCAGCAAGAAGCUGGUUCUGAAACUUGCUGUCAGCUCACAGCCUCACCCCAAUGUAGAGGAACUGAAUGUGAUUUCCACAAGCAGUCAAUUGUGUGCACACGUCUUCCCUGAAUAUUGCUGUUUAUUUGUACAAUAUGUAAUGUAAUUUGAUUUGAGCGUGAUCCUACUUUGUGUAUGUGCUGCAUGUAUUUUAAGGCCUCAUUUUAAGGUUGUGAAAUUAUGUGUAAUAUGUAUAUGUUGAUUUUUGGAAAGAAAUUCCCCGAAUCUUAUUUAUGUUCUUGUUAUGGCACCCUUAUUGUCAUCUGUAUAUACAUGUAAAUAAACCAUCAACAUUUA